AUGGCUCAAUUCACUGCUCAAGGACGUUUGAAGCUGCUCUUUCACGGUGGAGUGGAACCAAAAGACCCUUUUCAUAACAAGCUCAAAACACCACUUUUCUUCUCCUCCUUGAAGAAAGGCAACACCUUUAAUGCAAAGGCAAGUCUUGAUGUUAGUGAUGAAGGGAUUUAUGAUGAUAAGGAUUAUGAUAGCGAGCUUGUAGUUGAUGACUUGGCUUGUUUUAUAGGUCUUGUUCUCGAUAUCUCUUACAGGCCGAUCAAUGUUGUUUGCCGGAAGAACGAUAUAUGUUUGGAGUUCGUGGAGAUGAAAGUCCGUGCCAAGCCCAUGAUUGCUUUGAAUUCCCCGGCUAAUCUCCUAUUCUUUUCUUCUAUCUUUAAUCUUCCCGCCAUUAUUGCUACCAUAAUGCAGUUAUUAUUGCUGCUGGGUAGACUGCAUGCAGGGAUCAUGGGCGGGAGAAAGCUUGCAGGCGGUUCAUCACGGGCAGACUGCAUGCAUGUAGGCUCACGUUGUAUGCAGAGGGGGAAAGCGCAUGGAUUACCAUGA